CUCAGUCCCUGACUCGUCAUAGGCUUUGGGAGAAGCAAAGCGCCACAGCCGGGGCUGCUGCUUCACCCCUGGGACAGACGCGUGACCGCCUAACUUCUGUGCCCUGUCCCUAAACGCGCACCCGCGGAGGGUGUGCUCUAGCCGAGCAAAGCGCGCCGGGCUGCAGGUCUCGGACGAAGGCGAUGCGCGCAGGGGGCCGGGCAGCGGGGCUCGGGCGGCGGGUGUAGGGCCCAGCCGGGAGGCCGGGAGGCUGCAGGGUUAGAGCCGCGCACUGCGCCGUGGGCGGACACCGCUCUCUCGCCUCGCAACACCUGCUGCCGCCACCGCGCCGCGAUGAGCCGCGUGGUCUCGCUGCUGCUGCUGGGCGUCGCGCUGCUCUGCGGCCACGGAGCCUUCAGCCGCCGAGUGGUCAGCGGCCAAAAGGUGUGUUUUGCUGACUUCAAGCAUCCCUGCUACAAAAUGGCCUACUUCCAUGAGCUGUCCAGCCGAGUGAGCUUUCAGGAGGCGCGCCUAGCUUGUGAGAGUGAGGGAGGAGUCCUCCUCAGCCUUGAGAAUGAAGCAGAGCAGAAGUUAAUAGAGAGCAUGUUGCAAAACCUGACAAAGCCUGGAACAGGGAUUUCUGAUGGUGACUUCUGGAUAGGGCUUUGGAGAAAUGGAGACGGGCAAACAUCUGGCGCCUGCCCAGAUCUCUACCAGUGGUCUGACGGAAGCAGUUCCCAGUACCGAAACUGGUACACGGAUGAACCUUCCUGUGGGAGUGAAAAGUGCGUUGUGAUGUACCAUCAACCAACUGCCAAUCCUGGCCUUGGGGGUCCCUACCUUUACCAAUGGAAUGAUGACAGGUGCAACAUGAAGCACAAUUAUAUUUGCAAGUAUGAACCCGAAAUUAAUCCAACAGCCCCUGUAGAAAAGCCUUAUCUAACAAAUCAACCAGGAGACACUCAACAAAAUGUGGUUGUUACUGAAGCAGGCAUAAUUCCCAAUCUAAUUUAUGUUGUUAUACCGACCAUACCGCUGCUCUUACUGAUACUAGUUGCUUUUGGAACCUGCUGUUUCCAGAUGCUACAUAAAAGUAAAGGAAGAACCAAAACUAGCCCAAACCAGUCCACACUGUGGAUUUCAAAGAGUAGCAGAAAGGAAAGCGGCAUGGAAGUGUAAUAGUUCAUUGAUUUGAUUCCAGAAAUGAAAAUAGAGUUUUAUAAUUCUGGAUCUGUAUAAAAAUGGCAUCAGAACAUGAGCUUGGAAUGGCUUGAAACCUCAAGGGAUCUGCAAGUUGAACUGUAAGCUCCCUCUUGAGGCACAUAUUAAAAUAAUUUUUAUAUGUUUAUUAUUUCAUUUACAAAAUAUGCUGUGCUAAUAAUGGAGUGAGACACGCUUAUUUUGCUACAGAAUGUGCCCAACCUUUGAGUAAAUGGAAUGGACCAUGCAGAUAAAAUUGCUAUCAACACAUCAGGAGUUAUGUGUUGGAAGCAGUUCUUUUUAUUUCCUUCAUCUUUCUAAGUUGUAAUCUAGUUAAUGUAAUGUAAAUUGUAUCAAAAUUUACAGUGUGCAAAAAUAUUUUACCUUUGCAUAAGUGUUUGAUAAAAAUGGACGGUUCUAAUAUUUAUUUUUAUGGUGUUUCAUUUUUCAAUACAUGCUGUUUUGAUUAAAGAAA